AUCUCACUCUUGUCCCCGAAGUGUGGCGUGCAUGCACUUGCACACUAAAGGCGAGGGGGCAAGACUCUGAGAACCACGUGCAUGUAGCAUUGUAGACAACGAUGGGCACCCACAUUUUCCCAUGCAUCUUGAGAAAGUCAGGUGUGCUACCUGUACAUGACAAAUACUUUGCAUGUACUCUUCACUUAAACUUUGCUCCGUGCUUCCAUAACAUUAGAUACACAUGCACUAUUCAGUGAAAUCCAAAGCAAAGUACACACAGGAAGGUAGUCAAGAUUCAAACCCUAAGCUUCAUUAAUUGUGAAGCAGACAAUAAUUUCCCCCAUUUAGUUAUUUUUAAGAAUGUAAUAUGUAUAUCUAUAUGUAUAUCAUGCCAGGGUAACUAAUAUUGUCUGAGUGAAAUGUAUUUAAACCAGAUGAAGUGGUCAUGGUUGAAGUUUCUGCAGCGGCACGGUGCCUCGCCCCCGCCUCCUGAGCCUCCCCGCCCGCCGACCCUGCCCAUGAACCGGCCUAAGCCAUCCACAGUAUGUUCGCAGGCUCGGCUUGUGUGCGAGGAAACAUGAGCAGGGUGACAUAUUCAGAGUCCCGGGCGGAGCGGCGCAGGUCGCCGGAUAAAGCUGAAGAGGAGCCGGAGCUCCGCGAGUUUGGGCACAAGACCUCCGGAGAGGAACAUGUGAGCGGGGAAUGGGCCAGAGGAGACGGGAUUAUUGCUCGACAGCGCGGACUGACUCAGGAAGAGCCCGGGACAGGAGAGACACUUGCGUACUGUGACGCGCCCGAGGGGAUAUUUUCAUUUUUACUCAACUCGGGGACUACCUGGCCGAAGAUGAACGCCAUCGUGUUUAACAAGCUGAGCGGACAGGUUCUGUUUGAGGAGAAGGCCAACGAGGUGGAGAUGAGCAGCAGAAAUUACUUGGAAGUCAUGGACGGACAACACCCGGACCUCCUGUCCAGCAAGCAGGCCAUCAUGGACAACCAGGCCAUCAGACACAGACGCAACGGGGGUCGUCCCGGUGGCAGCAAAGUGCGACACAAGCGUCAGGCCCUGCAGGACAUGGCGCGACCGCUCAAGCAGUGGCUGUACAAGCACCGAGACAACCCUUACCCCACCAAGACUGAGAAGAUCCUGCUGGCUUUGGGUUCACAGAUGACCCUGGUCCAGGUUUCCAAUUGGUUCGCCAAUGCCAGGAGGCGGCUGAAGAACACAGUGAGGCAGCCCGACCUGAGCUGGGCGCUCAGGAUCAAGCUUUACAACAAGUACGUUCAAGGCAAUGCUGAGAGACUGAGCGUCAGCAGCGAUGACAGCUGCUCAGAUGAUGGAGACAACCCUCAGAGGACCCAGAGUGGCGCCGUGGAGCUCACCAAGCCCAUGUACCAGAGUGUUAUUAAAAAGGAAGGCUCCGCCAUGAUGGGCAUGGCCAUGGGGAUGGGAGCGGGCCUGCGCUCGGCCACCGAAGCCGCCUCGCUGGCGGACGACUACGUGUCUCCGCCCAAAUACAAGAGCAGCCUGUUGCACCGCUAUCUCAACGACUCGCUGCGUCACGUCAUGGUGGCCAACGCUGUCAUUGAUGCUCGCAAGAGGAACCACUCGGGCUCUUUCAGCUCCAACGAGUAUGACGAUGAGCUGCUCUCGCCGACCUCUUCGGAGGCCGAGGCGAACUUUGUUUAUCGUGCUGAAACCACAGAGCAUGGACCAAGUAAAUAUGACAAUGGUGGCGUCAGAGCUGAACACAAGGUGAAGGGCAAAGAUGAGACGUACUGGAAGGAGAUCAAUGCCGCCAUGGCCUUGACUAACUUGGCGCAGGGGAAGGACAGUGCCCCCGGUACCACCAGCUGCAUCAUCCAAAAGUCUUCCCAUAUAGCAGAGAUCAAGACUGUUAAAGUGCCACUUGUGCGCCAUUAUUAGCUCCAAGCUGAGCCUCCUUACUCUAUGCAAACAUUCCUGUUUCGGCAAACUAUUCAUAAGAGAACUCCUUGAAAGGACAAAGAAACAUUUUGUUGGUUAAAAGUGUGUUCAGUAGGACUUCUUUUGCUGUGCUGACAUGCAAAAGUGAUCACAAGUUGUACUGCAGUAUUUCCUAUAACAAGACACUUUUUAAUAUUAACUUAUUUUUUGGAUGACUUUUUUCCCUAUUUUUUACACUAAAUGUGUAUUUUGCCAAAGUGACUUUUGCUCUAGUAAAGUACAGAUACUCGUAGUGCCUGUUUGGAAUUUGUGAAGGAUUAUUUGACAAUGUUUAGAGUCACUGUCGUGAUACAGGAAAUGGAAGUGUGCCUUCAAAGACCGAAUGAGGUCAUCAAUCAUUACACAAACACAUAUACGCGCAUACAGACCGACGGACAUAUCGUGUGUUAACGCUUUGUUACAAAAUAACCAGUAAGUAAUUCCUUGAGGGUGUUCUAUGUAUUUUGACUGGAGUCCUCCGUUUGACUGUAAACUGAACCAUGUUUUGUCGGUGCUAGCAGCCCAACAAUGAAAGUUGGGUACACAGAUAUGCGGCGCUAACGUGAGCAACGCAUCGAUAAGGAACUAAGGGACGCAUCCAUCCUUGGAUUGUGUUUUAUUAGUGACGACGCUCCCUCUUAUCGGAACAAAACAUGCAAAUGCUGGACCCAAAUCAAGUUACACUCACACAUGCAGUGACACAAAUAUGCACACCCUACAAACUUGACCCCUGAUUAUAAAGGGAUGUUUUAAAAAAAAAAAAAAAAAAAAUGUAUUCAUUAUCUGUGUUUUAAGUGGGCGGCAUUGCCUUUUCACAUUUUUGUGCUCACAAAAAAGAUAUGUGGGUUGAAAAAAAUAAAAAACACGACAACCCCUGGCUCUGCUUCAUCCUCAGCUGUUUAGCAUUACAUUCAAAUUGGUGUUUACAAGAAGCCGGAGGACAAGCUUAAACAUUUGACUUUUUACCCUUUGUCUU